UUUAUUUAGUACACUUAACUAUGAGAUAGUUUAAGAUUUGUUAAACAUAUUCAAGACAUAUAAUGUUUAAUAAGCGCAUUAGUCAAUUCAAGGACAUGGAAGGCAGUAACAAUCGAGAAGAUGAGGAGGUAGAACAACCCGUGCUUGUGGAAGAGCCAUUGGACCUUAUUAGACUAAGCUUGGAUGAAAAAAUAUACGUUAAAAUGAAACGUAACCGUGAAUUGCGAGGUGUCUUACACGCUUUCGACUCACAUUUGAACAUGAUUCUGGGGAAUGUUGAAGAAACUGUAACAACAUUGGAGAUAGAUGAGGAAACAUAUGAAGAAGUUUACAAGACUACAAAGCGCACAAUACCCAUGCUGUUUAUUCGCGGAGAUGGUGUUAUCCUAGUUUCGCCUCCACAAAAGGACUAACUCUUGUACAGUCAAUUUUUAUGCAUCGUAAUCCAUAUCCAUCAAUAAAACAUGUAAUUUAACAACAGUUUGAAUAUUUCACUCAGUAAAUAGUCCUAUAACGUUUCAGCAGUACUGUAAGAUGUUUGGCACACUAAUAGUUCUUUAAUAACCUAUCCCGAUCUUGUAAUCCUCUGCAAAUUAAAAUACAAGCAUUGAACUAUUCAUUUUCGAAAUGGCAGUGGAUUUUUUUUUACUAGGAAGUAUCGACCAGAUAAUAGUAAGACAUUUU